GAAACGUGGGUUUUGAGGUUACAGCACUCGCUCUGAGGAGAAGAGCCUGCAGUAGCUAGCUAGCGCCACAUGGUUGUGGUCGAGCAAUCAUUGGAUCUUCAUGCUUCUCAUACAGCCUUACAAACAACGAUUUUAGAUCUGGUGGUUCGUACGAGGCAUUUCCCUGGUCCACCUUCUUACAAUACGUACUUUGGUACUGACUUUUUCAAAUUCUGCUGCUUUCGGCACUUACUCCAGAAUCUGUGUCACCGUCAGUGCUCAACCGUCUUCGAUUUCUCAACUCUCUUAUCACCCUUAAGAGCCUUUUCUGGGACGUGCUCAUCGUCUUUUGCCUUCUCAGGGUCUGAUGCUUUACUCUGAACUCGGUAUUACCGGCCAGCUUCCACUUCACCGGCGCCGUCAAGCUACGUGUUGCGCAACUGCUUAAAUAUCUUGACUCUGUUGUUGUUCUCAUCGCAGUUCGUUGUUGUUCAGCUAACCAGAUCGAGUUCGGUCGAAGAGCCUCCUUUCAGCGCUUGUCUCGUCUUCCAUCGUCAACAACCUCGGGUUGCACCUCGGGGCUGAUCUUCCACCAGUCUGAUCUCGUGAGCCAUCCACACGUCCAAGAUCUACUAGCUCAUAAUGGGUGUGCUCAGCAUAAACGAGCUUCCGAGUAUCUCUGACUCCUAUUACAAAUCAGCAUUCACAACUUUCAAGCACUCACUGAGAAAUGAUAAUCGACUGGAUUUCAUAGCAACUCUGAAGAGCAAGCUGUUGCCCAUUCUGCCGCCUGCAUCUCAGCCUCUCCGCAUCUUGAGCGUUGGCGCAGGGAGUGGCGAGUAUGAUUUCCUUCUGUUGCAUGAAAUAUUCCUACCCUGCACGAGCCUCAUCCAUUACGACGCCAUUGAGCCGUCGGAGGAACUCUACAACAUGUUCGCAGAGAGACUGGAGGAGGAUCCUGUACCCGGCGUCCACCUUCACAAGACCACUUUCGAGAACUUCAUCUGCACCUCUGACUCCCAAUAUGAUCUCGUUCUUUUCAUCCAUUCCUUGUACUAUUUGCCCAUGGACAGUGUCGCCACAGCGAUGGAAAACUUCCUUCCUCCUGAUUCGGGAGCUGUCGUCGUCCUGAUGGAUUCUGCAUCCGGACAUGCUGCACUCCACAGAGCUUUGGGUCUUCCUGAGGGACCGCACAUGAGAUGCUUGACCGAUGUGCUCGAGGCCGUUCGGGAGGUCGAUGGUCAGAAGGAUCUGGAGGUCUUAUAUUUUCCGCAGUGGGUGGAUGUGGAGGAUUUGUUUCUAGAGGAGUCUCAGGCAGGACUCGAUCUAUUAAGCUUUGCUAUAUGGAAAGAUCUCCGAAGGACUCAAAGAGAGAUUCUAGAAGAAAUUCGUACUCAAGCGAAAGUGCAUCUGACCAUGCAAAGAUUAGAAGGGAGGCGACACUGGUGGACUCCUGAGGGAGUGGCUCUAAUUCACAACACUUCCUCAAGGUGAAUGAAUGCCGUUAGAAGAGGGUCGUGUGUACUGACUGUUCUUCAAUUUUGAACUACGGUGAAGUGCUCUACUCUUGAACUUAGUUUAUGUAUAUUCAUGUAAUUUGUAGAACAAUAAGGAGUCCAGCGUUUAGAAUACAUCUUGUCCUUUGAUACUUUGAAGGACAGAUUUUGUACCGUCGUUAUGCUUAACCUUCGAAUAUAGUCACUUAGCCUCAGCAUAAUUCGGAAACUUCGCCUCUGUUGAGCAUCCCGUGUCAUCAUUGUUUUCGGUCAAGCAGAAUUGGUCUAUACUGUAUGUACGCUUUUUUCAUACUGAUUCGCAGUUGGAAGACCAUUUAUCGAUUAUCACAGACGUCAUUUUGACGUGUAUAUCGGU